AUGAAGAUUACUUCUCAACUUCUCAUCGCCGCUUUGGCUUCCUAUUCCGCCGGUGCUUCAGUCGAUGUCAACAAACGUGAGACUUCCCUGACUGUGGAGCUCUCUGCCGCUGGCAACUCGGAGGUCAAGGUCAAGGUCACCAACACUGGUGCUAAGGCCGUCAACCUUCUCAGCAAGGGUACCUUCCUUGAUGAAGAACUGCCUGUUGAGAAGGUUUCUAUCUACUCGAAGGGAGGCAGCGAACAGGUCCCAUUUGAGGGCAUCAAGGUCCGCCUCUUAACCACAGGCCUAAGUAAGGAUGACUUUGUCACUCUUGCCGCGGGAGAAACCAAGGAGACCACGAUCGAGACAGCAGCACUCCACUCCCUGAACAAUGGCGGUGACUUCGAAGUAUUUGCCAAGGGUCUUUUGCCCUUUGCCGCGGAGGGCUCCACUAAGCUUUCAGGCUCCCUAAACUACGAGUCUAACAAGCUCACGAUGUCUGUGGAUGGAGCUUUAGCAGCUACCGUUCGGAAGGCGCUUGACAAACGCACAGUCAUCGGCUCGAGUUGUACUGGCUCUAAGCUCACCACUAUCCGCACUGCUCUGUCUAAUUGCGCCAGACUUGCUUCGUCCGCUGCUUCUGCUGCUUCUGCCGGUACUAAGCUAAACACAUACUUCAAGUCUACCACGUCUUCCACCAGGAACACCGUCUCGAAUCGGCUUACCGCAGUCUCAUCCGACUGUGGUGGGACAGGAUCAAAGACCACGACAAAUUGCAACGAUCCAUAUGGAGGCUGUUCCUCUAACGUACUUGCGUACACCGUCCCUUCGCAGAAUUUCAUCACAUACUGCCCCCUCUUCUUCAACGAGUUGCCCGCUCUCACUAGCACCUGUCACGGUCAGGAUCAAGCGACCACUGUCCUCCACGAGGAGACUCACGCCCCUGGUGUCUAUAGCCCGGGUACUGACGACUUGGGCUACGGAUACGCUGCUGCCACUGCUUUGUCUACAAGUCAGGCCCUUAACAACGCCGAUUCUUUUGCUCUUUAUGCCAACGCGACGAUGAAAUCAACACACACGGACUUGAUUGCUGUGCGCACGAACUCUGAAGACGAUGAGCAAGCGAGCAAUGAAAUGUUCAGAAUGCAAGAUUGCGGGGAUAAAAAAUCCAAUAUCAUCAAACCGCGCCGAUGGAUGAGCAGACCUUCUACAUGGAGUUUUGGACGAUCAAUGAGGCCCUUUCCAUGGCGAACAACUAUCAUCGUACUCUCCCUUCCCCUCUCUCUGAGUCUCAUUGUCACCCUCGCCGCCGCCGCAGAAAUGGUAUCCCAGCAAUACAUCCUCGGCCGCAACUGCUACCCAAAUGGCAUGUGGAAAGAGCAAGCCGGCGCAACAUGGCGCAUCAUGGAUUCCUCCUACUUCUUUACGCCCAACCUCAGCUUUGGAACUUUCACCUUCACGCAAGUCAAAGUCGUCGACGUGGCCUGGGAUCUCAUCAUUGGACGAGGCGGACAAAUGCUCCUCGCUUGGGUCAAUUACCGCGUUUUUAAUGAGUGGCUGGUAUACCACAUUAUUACGGUUUAA